AUGGCAAUUUCGGUCGCUGACGAGAUUCUUGGUAUUGCGGGACACCUUCCUCGAAACAAUGAGAAGAACAAUAAUGAGAAGCAGACCAGUUCCGGCGUUAAUGCCAUGACUGCCACCAAAGUUUUUGAGUGGGUGUCGCACAUAUCGGAUGCGGUCCAGAACCGCUAG